GUCAGUUAGCUAAUCAAUUUCCGAGAGUUUCUUAGUAACCAGUCUACAAAAUAUCCAAGAUAUGGUUCUUUCCGAUAGCAGAGACAUACCGUUUAAACACGCUUCUCCAGAACAGUUUUACGGUGUCUUCAAAAGCCACGCUUACCUCUUACGUGAUAGCUGCCUUAAUGUUGUGUCCAAAAUUUAUCUUGAUGACGAUACCCAAACCUGGGAAGCUGCUCCUGGCCACCACAAGUGGAUUCAAUUCCUCUCCCCCUCUGAUGAACUCUACAAAAUCAAGGAUGAAGUGGAAAACGUAAACGAGACCUCGAAGACCAUCAGCUACAAAAUAAAGGAAGGGCCAAUACUAGCCAACAUCAGCGGGUUCGCAUUAGAGGUUAAAAAUAGCAACGUUGCAAAAUGGACUAUCUCUUAUAACGACACAUAUCCCGAAGAGUACUUCAAUCUUUUGGCAUCUAUCACCAAGGGUGUUGAUAAUCACUUUGCUAAUGAAAAUUAGCCAGCAUAAUAGAACAUGCAUGCAUGCCCCUUCUAAUAUAUAGUGUUACUGGUAUUUGUAUUGAGAAAUAAAAGUUUCAAAGGUGCGUAUGUUCAUGCAUGCAUGUUCCCAUCAGCUCAUAAUUAAGAUGUAUAGCUAGCUACCAUAUUCACUGAGAUGGCAAGGUGCUUGGCUCUUGAUGUGCUUACCUUUUAAUUGAAAGGUGCAGCAUGAAAGGGCAACGCCUUCAUAAUCUUGUGGGUAUUUAUGUAAUAAAGCUAGCCAGCCCUCUAUGUAUCUUGUUUGUGUCGAUUUAUAUUAAUAAUAUGUGUGCCUUAAUUA